AAGUGCGUCAGAGGUGGGCGGAAGCGUGGCGGUGCCGGGCGGGGUUGGGAACAGAUAACGGGACCUGGGGAGGCGGAAGUGGCAGGGGUCCGGUAUCGGCGCAGAGAAUGAUCAGCCCCGUGUGGUGCCCAGCCCCACAGAGACCAUGUCAGAAACAGUGAAAAGUGAAAAGAACCCAGUGGCCUCCCUGUCUCUCAGCCUCAUCUCUUCCCACAACGACCUCCUGCCCCCCAAGAGCCGACAGAUCUACCCCCAGGGGGACCUGCACAGCAGCAUGGGAUUGGUCAGGGCGGAGCUAGGGGGCGGCGGCCUCCCAGACCAUACUAACCCCAAGUGGUACAAGGAGGGGCAGAACCAGCUGCGCAAGGCGGCCGAGCACGUGAAGGAGGAUCAGAACUGUAACCCAGAUACAGAGAACUCUGACAAGGACUGGGCCAAUCACAACGAGGCCAAGCACGACGAGAUCUCCGCCCUAAACUGCGCCAACCUGAGCGCCCUGCAGGGCACCCCGCUGCUCAUUCAGCUGCCCCCCGGGGAGGAUGAGGAUGAUGUUACCCCGGCUAAGAGCGAGCUCACCGACCCCUUCACCGCCGAAACCUCCGAACUGAGCUCUGAUUUGCUGGAUCUGCAGAUAAACGAGGGCGGCAAAGAGACGAGCGAAGGGACGCGGGAAGGUGGGCGCAGCGCCAGUCUGCUGUUUGGCAUGAGAAACAAUGCGGGCAGCGACGAGGACUCCAGCUGGGCCACCUUGUCCCAAGGCAGCCCCUCCUACAGCUCCCCCGACGACACAGAUGGUUUCUGGACACGGAAUUCUCUGGACACAGAUUCAGAUUUGCCCUCAGGGUGGAUGCGGGUGCAGGACACCUCAGGGACCUACUACUGGCACAUACCCACUGGAACCACUCAAUGGGAACCCCCUUCAGAGCUGUGCAAUGGGGAGCACAAGUUGUACCCCCUCUCUGAUGAGCAUACACCCAAUGAGGAGGAGACCUAUGAGGAGGAGUUGGCAGAUAUUGGGCAGAGUGAGGAGGAAGGGACCAGUGGCCCAGAGCACUUGCCCAGCAUUAGCUCCUGCACACCCACAGAGGGGGAGGAGGAGGAUCCUCAGUCUGAGACGUGUUGUGGGGCCCAGACUUUCCCUGUGUGCUGUCUCGGCUGGGUGGAGAUGACAGAAGAGGAUUUGGCUCCUGGGAGAAGUAGCAUCGCUGUGAAUGGCUGCAUCCGCCAGCUGUCUCUGCACAGCUCCUCCCAUUCCCAGGCCAAGGAGAUGCCUGCUGGAUGUGUCAUCUGCCCCCCCCAGUGCCCCCAGCCUGUGCAUCUGCCCCAAGUGUUUCUGUGGUUACAGAUCAUGGCGGAGAGACGCAGCACUCGCUCACUCAUGAACGGCCUCUUACUGGAUCAGUCCCGAUUGGUGGAUAUUCCUUUCCAAGUCGAGUUCCCGGCUCCAAAGAACGAAUUGGUUCAGCGCUUCCAAGUCUUCUACCUUGGCAACGUGCCCGUCACUAAGCCCGCGGGGAUGGAGGUGAUUAACAAGAUGCUGCAGACUGCACUGGCGAGGAGUAAAGCCGACUGGAUUCCUGUCACCGUUAAUGUGGCGGCUGCAACUGUCACCAUCACCCGGCAACAGACGGAGGAGCCGCUGAGUGAGUGUCGGGUCCGGUUCCUGUCGUUCAUGGGGGUCGGGCAGGACGUUCGCACAUUCGCUUUCAUCAUGGCCGACGCCCCGGGGCAAUUUGUGUGUCACAUGUUCUGGUGCGAACCCAACGCGGCCCAUCUGUCCGAGGCUGUGCAAGCGGCCUGCAUGUUGCGGUACCAGAAGUGCCUGGAUGCCCGCCCCCACGGCUCCUCGUGCCUCCCCACCCCCCCCGCAGACUCAGUGGCUCGCAGGGUGGGCUCCAGCGUACGCCGGGGGGUCCAGUCCCUAAUCGGAUCCUUCAGAACAAAGCGCCCCGGAGGGCAAACGCCGUGACUCCUCCCACCUGUGGCCCCUAACUGGCUCCUCCCACGCGGCGCUCCUCGUCUCUCUUCCUAUUGGGGGCCCCCCCGCUAUAUAAGCUGUUUUGUUUCCCCCGGAGUUUGGGGCCCUUCCCGGCAGAGACACUAGCAAUAAGGCACCGAUUGGCUCUGAUUGGCUGCCGGACUGACACUAUUGGUUGGUUGUCUCCAUGCAGUUGUUUGUGUUGUUGUUUGUGUAAUUGUGACGUAUACACGCCUUAGUAACACUACUAGUGAGUACUAGCGAAUGCUGCUACCCCCCCGGCCCCCCAGCUGUAACUCUCUUAUUUAUAAUCUACUCCUACCUGCGCCCCCUACAGGUGCCCCAGGAGCAGGACUUAUUGCCCCUCAGGCCCCUCCCCUGCCCAGUUGGGCCCCUGUCUCCUCCCACCCACCCAGUUGGGCCCAUGUCUCCUCCCCCCCAGUUGGGCCCCUGUCUCCUCCCACCCACCCAGUUGGGCCCAUGUCUCCUCCCCCCCAGUUGGGCCCCUGUCUCCUCCCACCCAGUUGGGCCCAUGUCUCCUCCCACCCAGUUGGGCCCCUGUCUCCUCCCACCCAGUUGGGCCCCUGUCUCCUCCCACCCAGUUGGGCCCCUGUCUCCUCCCACCCAGUUGGGCCCCUGUCUCCUCCCACCCAGUUGGGCCCCUGUCUCCUCCCACCCAGUUGGGCCCCUGUCUCCUCCCACCCAGUUGGGCCCCUGUCUCCUCCCACCCACCCAGUGGGGCCCCGUGUCUCCUCCCACCCAGUGGGGCCCCGUGUCUCCUCCCCCCCAGUUGGACCCCUGUCUCCUCCCACCCACCCAGUGGGGCCCCGUGUCUCCUCCCACCCACCCAGUGGGGCCCCGUGUCUCCUCCCACCCAGUGGGGCCCCGUGUCUCCUCCCACCCACCCAGUUGGGCCCCUGUCUCCUCCCACCCACCCAGUUGGGCCCCUGUCUCCUCCCACCCACCCAGUUGGGCCCCUGUCUCCACCCACCCAGUGGGGCCCCUGUCUCCACCCACCCAGUGGGGCCCCGUGUCUCCUCCCCCCCAGUGGGGCCCCGUGUCUCCACCCACCCACCCAGUUGGGCCCCUGUCUCCACCCACCCAGUUGGGCCCCUGUCUCCUCCCACCCAGUGGGGCCCCUGUCUCCACCCACCCAGUGGGGCCCCUGUCUCCACCCACCCAGUGGGGCCCCGUGUCUCCUCCCCCCCAGUGGGGCCCCGUGUCUCCACCCACCCAGUUGGGCCCCGUGUCUCCUCCCCCCCAGUGGGGCCCCGUGUCUCCACCCCACCCAGUUGGGCCCCGUGUCUCCUCCCACCCAGUUGGGCCCCGUGUCUCCUCCCCCCCACCCAGUUGGGCCCCGUGUCUCCUCCCCCCCAGUUGGGCCCCGUGUCUCCUCCCACCCAGUUGGGCCCCGUGUCUCCUCCCCCCACCCAGUUGGGCCCCGUGUCUCCUCCCCCCCAGUUGGGCCCCGUGUCUCCUCCCACCCACCCAGUUGGGCCCAUGGCCUGUAUGUGUGGGUGGGGCAGGGUGCCAGCUCCGCCCCCCCCAGUCACUGUCGGUAACAGACCAAGAUUUGCCCCAUGUCAGACUGGUGCUGCUUUUGAAGCCUAUUGGAGGAGGCACAUGGUCUGGGGGCGUGGCUAUACUGUAUGUGGGCGGGAUAUACAAACACUACAUGUUCACAUGAACUCCCAGCUCCUUGGUCCUGUAAGCUCCGCCCACCUUGUGUUUCAUUCAUCCAAUCACAAUAAAGGAAUAACAAGAA